AUGAAUGAUUAUGGUGGUGGUAAUAGUAGUAUUGCUAUGGAUGAUGAUAGCGAUCCUCUAAAACAACAACAACAACUACAAACACCAAAGAAGAAUAAUACAUCUAUUAAAUUCACACAAUCGUCAACUGCAAAGUUUUUGGAUGAUGAAGAUGACCAAGAUGAUAAUGAAUAUCAAGAAACUAAUAAUAGUAAUAGUAAUAAUGGCUUGGGUUACGAUCGAAAUGAAUCACAUAAUUAUAAUUCUCAUUCGCAUCAUCAUCAUCAUCACCAUCAUCAUGCUCAUCAACAUAAUAAUAAUUACCACCAUAAUCAACAACAGCAGCAACAACAACAUAACCAAAAUCAACACUCUAACAAUAGACUUUCUGGCGUUGCUAAAAAACAAGGUUUUACAUUCAACUCUGAUCAGAAAAAACAAGAUAAUAACAAUAGUAUAAAGAAAGAUGAUGAAACAGAUCAAAACAAUGUUGAAAUGCAUGAUGAUGACACAGAGACACUAGCAACAACAUCAACAUCAAUUGAAACAGAGUAUGAACAACAGCAGCAACAACAACAACAACAGGAAGAGUUGGAAAAAGAAAAAAGUAAACCAAUUGACUAUGAUGAUGAAGAAGGUUACAUUGAUCCACCAUUCGAUUUCGCACCAAAGUUUAGUAGAGGAGGCAUUGGCUAUGAUGACCGGUUACCUUAUCCUUUCGUAAAACAAAAGCACAAAGAGGAAACAGCAGAGUUUGAACAUCGACAGAUUCUCUGUUGGAUCAAGACCAGCGAUUCGGAAUACAAAAAUCUAAACACAUGUGAUUUGGAGAGCUUUUUGGUUGUUGGAGACGACGAUGAACUUCCGCCAAGAGAUGAAUUCUGUCCGUAUGAAAAGAUUGAGGAAUUGGAGGAUAAAAAGAGCACACUAACCGAUCUCGAUCGUAAUUGCUUCGUCAAAGCAAGAGCGAGAUCCAACCCGUACGAAUGGAUCAAAGGUGCCAUCUUUCAAAAUCGUGCUGCUGUCAAAAUGGCUAAUCUCGACAAGAUUGCUACACUCAUUGAAAUUAAACCUAAUCAAGAUAAAUUUUAUUUUGCAGAUGUUUGUGCAGGACCUGGUGGAUUCACGGAAUAUACACUUUGGAGAAUGGUUGGAAAAGGUAUACCUGUGGAAAACAAAGAACAGCGCAAGCGGUGUAAAACAAAAGGUUGGGGUUUCACAUUGAAGGGCGAGUGUGAUUGGAAGUUGGAUAAAUUCACUGAUGACUCUGGUCUGAAGAUUGGUGAUAAUUUCGUGGUUGACUAUGGUCCUGCCGACGACGGCGACAUUCAAAACGAACAAAACAUACGUCAUUUCACUCAGAUGGUACUGAAAGGUACCAAUCAGAAAGGUGUCAAUCUGUUUAUGGCCGACGGUGGUAUCAGUACGGAAGGUGAGGAGUUGAACCAGGAAUCUAUUCUUGGACAUCUGAUACUCUGUCAGUUUCUAACAAUGUUUGAAAUUCUGUCGUUGGGCGGUAAUUUCGUUUGUAAGAUUUUCGACACCUUCACACCAUUCACAGUUGGAUUGUUAUAUAUUAUAUUUAAGCAUUUCGAAUCAUUUACCAUUGUCAAACCAUUUACAAGUAGACCUUUAAAUUCUGAACGUUAUGUAAUUGCCAAAAAUCUUUUAGUAUAUAGACCAAGUAAUAUUAGAAAUUAUCUUUAUAAGUUAAAUCAGAGAUUGAAUGAUGGCGAGAACAUCUUAAGAAUCAUUGAUAUCAAAGAUCCUGUUUUUAUAGAUUUUAUUAGAAUGAAAUCAUUAGAACAAUGUGAUAGUCAGAUAAGAGCAUUUGAAUACUUUACAAAAGCAGUUGAAGAUUGGGAAUAUAGAGUGUGCGAUCAAGAAAUACUCAAACAAAACUGUCUGACAGAGUGGGGUAUCCCUUUAGAUCCAAGACAUACAGAGAAACUUAACAAACAACAUCAUCAUCCAUAUAAUCAACAACAAAGAAAAUCAAUUAACAAUAAGCAAAAGAUAAAUAAUAAUAACAAUAAUAACAACAAAAUUAGUAUUAAUAAUAAUGGUGAUAACCAAAAAUAUAAGAAUAAUGAUACAGCUAAGGAAAUGACUACAUCGACGACAACAACCACUACUCCUGUAACAAGUCCACAGAAGAAAGGAAUCAAUCAACCGAGUUAUGUAAAGUCACCUUCAAAACAAUUCGUUUCGUCUCUGGAUGCAAUCACCAAACACAAGAUUAAACCGUUUUCCGUUGUCGGUAAUAAAACACCUCCACUACCUAGUUUAGACUCUGACUUUCAAAAUAUGUAA